UUUGAUUUGAUGGGAGUUUGUUUCCGGGUGUUUUUAACUAGCAUCGGGGUAAGAAUGGCUGCGAUGUUUACGUGUUGUUUCGGCUGCUGUGGGGAUGGCGCAUCUGGGCAUAUUCCCCUCAAAGAAAUGCCAACUGUCCAGUUAGAUACUCACCACAUGGGCACCGAUGUUGUUAUUGUGAAGAGCGGCAGGAGGAUAUGUGGCACCGGAGGCUGUUUGGCCAAUGCUCCGCUUCACCAAAACAAAAGUUAUUUUGAGUUUAAGAUCCAGUCUACUGGUAUCUGGGGAAUCGGUGUGGCGACGCAGAAAGUGAAUCUUAAUCAAGUGCCUUUGGGCAGAGAUACAAACAGCCUUGUCCUGAGGCAUGAUGGGUCUGUGUACCACAAUAAUGAAGAGAAGAAUCGCCUGCCUGCAAACAGCCUUCCUCAGGAGGGGGACAUUGUUGGUGUCACAUAUGACCACGUUGAGCUGAAUUUGUAUCUGAAUGGAAAGAACAUGCAUUGUCCUGCCUCAGGGAUCCGUGGCACUGUGUUCCCUGUUGUUUAUGUGGAUGACAGUGCCAUCUUAGACUGCCAGUUUAGUGACUUCUACCACACAGCUCCACACGGAUUUGAGAAGAUCCUCUUUGAACAACAGAUCUUCUAAAGGAGAACUCCCAUCCUAUCUACUCGCCACCUCUGUGACACUACACUUUGACCUUGAUUGCUUUAUAUCAUUCUGUGUGGCUUGAUAGCCUCUUCUUUUGUCCCCCCCCCCCCCCCCUGAUUACCGCGUGUCUGUGCUGCUGCUCUGAACCGAUGCUGGAGUGCCCUUGAAGGAGCAGGGAUUCCUGAUCGUUUGGUCAUAUUAGAUGGGCUGUUCCAGUCUGUGCUGAUGCAAAACCAUUCAAUUCUCAUUCCCGUUUGUCAGUAGUGAUCACCCUAUAAUAUUAACUGAAACACUUAAAAUUGCAGCUUACUUCUGUGAUGGUAAAAUAGUUCCAUUAUUCAGGAUCAGAAGCCAUGUGUCAUUUAAAUAGCUUUUUACUAUGAUUUUUUUUAUUGCAAUCUACUGACAUCCCAGCGUGCACCGUUAUAUUUAUUUGUAUUUAUUUGAGACGGCGAUCAAGCGAUAAGUGUUCUAUGUGGCAAAGCUUCUUUUUUUUUUCUGAGAGGUAAGCCAAAGUUUGCAACGUAAUGAAGGAUCAGCUGUCAAUAUUGAUCAGGCAGCAAAAUCACAAUAACUUUUACGCUGCCUUCAUUGAUUAGAAGUGGAAAUUAAAGCAAAAGUCAAAACUCUUUAGUUGACUUAUUUUUUUUUUAGCCUACUAACUUCAGUAACACGAAAGAUUUCAAGGGAUUCAAGUGAAGCGUUUUCUCUGAGGGAUGCUGCUAAGGUGCGGUGCUGAUUAAUGUUUAAGUAAAAAUUAAAAUCUCAAAUCGGUGACCCUGAUACGUCGUAAAGAUCGAUUUCUUCAACACUUAUUUGAACAGCCCUUUAAUUCUCGCCACACUUUCCUCAUACUGAAAUCUUAUCUGGUGUAUUUAUAUUAAAUAUCAAUAUAAUCACAGCUGGUGCUGGUUGUCUCUGGUCAGAGAUAAUAUGGUUAAAACAUGUCAAUCUGUUGUGUUGUAUUGGAUUGGCAUUGCAUUUCUGCUGCUGAAGUGUGACAGUUAAAUAUUUCAAAAAGCCUGUCUUUGUUUUGCACUAAUGAUGAUAUUGUACAAGCAAAUCCAAAUGUUGUUGAUUCAUUAAACUUUUAUGUCUGGAAGCAUA